CAAAAAUGAUGUUCUUGUCAUCUUCUAUGGCAUUCGGGAUCCUUUUCUUCUAUAGCUCACUAAUGGUUAUAAUAACCGGCUGUGGACUACCUCCAGCUCCGGCACCACCACCGGCUCCGUGCUGCGCUCCUCCUGCUCCACCGCCUCCCCCACCCUGUUGUCCAUGUCCACCUCCUGCGCCUAUGCAGUCUUGUUGUCCAUGUGCAGCAGCACCACCACCUUCUUCUCAUUGUGGUGGCUGUAUGUUUGGUGCACGCAGGCGAAUGUAUUCGUCAGCAAGUUUGCGGAAGUAUUGGCGAAGCAAAAGAGAGAUUGACGUGAUGAAAGUUAAUGAGUCAAUUGCAACACAAAAGUUACAAUAUAUCAAUGUCACCGAAGUGCCAUGUCCGCGAGCAGAAUGGUACAGCCCAAUGCGCAAGGUAUUAUGUCCCCGAUCUGGUAAAGCAUUCAACAAAAGUUUGAGACUGUUUAGAGAAAUGUUAAACAGAAAUAUAGACAUACAUAAUUGAAGGAAAAACAUAAAUGAAUAAAAAAAGCAUAUCAACUUAAAAUAGACAAUGACCUGGCACAAAGAAUAGACAAAAAACAU